AUGGUCUUAGUCUAUGUUGAUGAUAUCAUCAUCACUGGAAAUUCCUCUUCAUUCCUCAUCACAGAGUUGAAUACUAAGUUUGCUCUUAAACAGCUUGGAAAGCUAGAUUAUUUCUUGGGCAUUGAAGUCACUCAUCUCUCAAAUGGCUCUUUACUCUUGUCUCAAACCAAAUAUAUCUGUGAUCUUCUAGCCAAAGCUAAUAUGGCAUCUGCCAAUGGUAUGCCCACACCCAUGGUAUCCAGCAACAAACUCUCUAAGUUUGGUUCUACUGCUGUCCCUGAUCCCACUCACUUCAGAUCUAUAGUUGGAGCCCUUCAAUAUGCUACUCUAACAAGGCCAGAGAUUUCCUACUCAGUCAAUAAAGUCUGCCAAUUUCUAUCCAACCCCCUUGAGGAACAUUGGAAAGUUGUAAAAAGAAUACUCAGAUAUCUAAGUGGAACUUUGCAUCAUGGGCUGCUAAUUCAGGCUGCUUCCAGCAAUCAACCUCUGCCUCUUAUAGGUUUCUACGAUGCUGACUGGGCAUCAGAUUCUGAUGACAGGAGAUCUACAUCAGGUGCCUGUGUUUUUCUAGGUCAUAACAUCAUUUCUUGGUGGUCAAGAAAACAAACUCUGGUGGCCAGAUCUAGUGCAGAAGCAUAA